GGGGGCUUGCAGGAAAUGGCUGCUGCGGGGAAGAGGAAGAAGCCCUCUGGGCUCCCCAUACAACCACUGUUGGUGUGUGCAAUUAUAUUCAAGCGUGUCUGCGCGUUGUCGUGACAAUGUCGUGGCAUUGUCCACUACUUUACUCGCUAGAGUCGUUGAAGAUGCAGUUGUGUAAUUGGCCUUUAAAUCAGACCUCGGCAUUUCGAGUGUGAGCCGAGUUCGAGGGAUGAAUUUCUGCACAAUGGCUGAAAGGUUCUGAGGGCCAUGGCGUGAAGGUGCGGAAGGUGGGGUUUUGGAGAUUGAGAGGGAUGAGUGAAGGCAGGGACCUCGGCGUGUUUGCGGAGUAGAGCAGGACCGAUGAGGCAUUGAGCACGAUUGCUAUGGCGGAGAACAACACCGUCGACGUGACGAAGAGGAAGAGUCACGGGAGGUGGCUCUCGUGUGUUUACUGUCUCCUUGUGUUGUCGGUUGCCGUGGCGGUGAGAUUUUUCUCUCAACCCUUGCCAUUCCAAGUGUUGCAGCCUCAGAUUGCCCGACAUAGCUCGGAUUCGUGUGAGUGCGAACGCAACCAGCAGUUUCAGGGUGUGGUGAAGGAUUGUUGUUGCGACUACGGGACCGUGGAUUUGUUGAAUAAGGAGGUGCUGCACCCACUGCUCCAGGAGCUCGUGAGGACGCCCUUCUUCCGGUAUUACAAGGUGAAGUUGUGGUGUGACUGCGAGUUCUGGCCCAACGAUGGGAUGUGCCAACUGCGUGAUUGUAGUGUCUGCGAGUGUCCGGAGAGUGAAUUUCCCGCCGCGUUUAGGUCUUCGGGGCAUGCAAGUUGCCAAGAGGGUACACCUGAAGGUGCAGUCGAUCGAACGGUGGACGCCAAAGCUUUUCAGGGUUGGACCGACAGCGACAACCCUUGGACUGUGGACGAUGAGACUGAGAGUGAGGACAUGACGUACGUCAAUCUGCUCUUGAAUCCGGAGCGGUAUACGGGGUACAAGGGAGAGUCUGCCCGUAGGAUAUGGGAUGCAAUUUACGCGCAGAGUUGCUUUGAGAAUGGUGAGAAUGAGACAUGUGCUGAAAGGCGUGUGUUUUACAGGCUCAUAUCCGGGUUGCACACCUCUAUUUCCACCCAUAUUGCCGCGGAUUAUCUCGUGGAUGAAUCGGUGAAUGCUUGGGGCAAGAACGUCGCACUGAUGCAUGAGCGCGUUCUGCAGCAUCCGGAGCGUGUUCAAAAUCUGUACUUCACUUACCUCUUCGUCUUGCGCGCUGUCAUCAAGGCCGAGGCCUACUUGUCUGAAGCUGAGUACUUGACCGGGAACGAUUCCGAGGACAACCUUACUCACAAGCUUGUUGCAGCGUUGGUGGGUAAUGAGCGGCUUCGAACCGCAUGCCCUAUUCCUUUCGAUGAGGCUAAAAUGUGGCGUGGACCAGACGCGAUCGAACUAAAGGAACAGUUGCAGAGCCAUUUUCGGAAUAUCAGCGCAUUGAUGGACUGCGUUGGCUGUGAGAAAUGCCGACUUUGGGGCAAGCUCCAAAUUUCGGGUCUCGGCACGGCACUCAAGAUUCUCUUUUCCUUAGAUGGAGAGACUAGCGCUGGCAACGUGAUUGAUCUUCAACGGAACGAGGUGAUAGCCCUAAUGAACCUCCUUUCCAGAUUAUCAGAAUCCUUGGAGUUAGUACAUGAAAUGGCUGACGUGGUCAAGGGUCACAACAAGUUGUCCACCUCUGUCGACGGUGUUUCGACAGUACCGAAUCAAAGUAAGAGCAGCUGGUGGUUUCUUCAGGAAGAUGACAAACCUCCCAAAAGUCUUCCCAGCUUGUUUCAGAACUUCGGAUUUUAGAAGUCUCUUCUCGGUUGCAGAGAAUUGAGCGAAUUUAUUUCUGCAUGCUAUGUGUAUACAUUUUUGAGUCCUGGAUUGCGUAAGUGGAAAAACAAUAGAGCCGCACGUUGAUUUCAAUCAAUCAGCAUUUGUAUACUAAUGAAGAGGUAUGUUAAGACUUCUAUACUCCAGUGGGGUCAUCAAAUGCCCUGGUAGAGCUGGGGCUGAACAGUUGUGGUCUCUGUCUUAGAUUAGUAUGAUGAUCAUUGUCGAUGAGCGUGUCAUGACAUGCCGCAGCUGGGUCCAAGACCGAAACCGUAAGCAUUUGACACAAUCUACUAGCAACCGAUCUUUUGAAGGAUUCUGUGGAGGUGAUCAGAGAUGGUGAGCUUCUUUUCCGUGCUACUUAAAGAAAUUUGCAGAAGAUUGACUGGGCUAAUCAAAGAAUUGUUGUGAAGUUCAAACCCCGUAAUGACAAGUGUUCACUGUUAAGCAUGAUGGGAGUGCCUCUGACAGACAAGCAAGACGACGAGCCUAUGACAACUCUAAAUUCCAAGUAAUAAAUAUUUCCAUCCAAACCGUGUGAACCGAUGUCAUCGUGCAGUGAAUCAUUCGGCAGAGAAAAGAUCCACCUCCAGUAGCAGCUCCAGCUCCAUCUCCUAUGGUAGAACCAGGACUUUGUCUUCAGCUCCCCGAAGCCCUUUUGGGUUUCCUUUCUUUGCUUUUUUGCCCUUCCAUCCCUCACUCCCUCAGUCUGUGCUUUGUCUUUGCUGUGCUUUCAUCUCCUGAACCCUCAAUGCCUGUCGAAUUAAUUGUGGCUCCAAAACAUCUUUUUCUUCAUUGUCCUUUUCACGUUCACAUUUAUUGGAAGUUGAAGAAUAUUCUUGUCUGUAUUUUUGUUGUGCGGUUGGAAUAUUCUCAAUGUCUAUCUUCCACUUUCGGUAUGGGUGACAAUUUUUUUUCUGUUUUCUUUUAUUCUUUUCUGUGUAGAUAUUUGUGCGUGUUUGUUUCCCUGUAGUUUUAAUGUCAUGUUUUUAUCUGUACCCUUUCAAGUAAAAAACUGUUCAAAAAGUUGUGAAAUGUAUACAAUAUGUACAGAUUCACUAUUUUUAUGUAAUUAGAAUGAUCAAAUUUCAAGGCUCUCAAA